CACUUUAGCAUUGCUAAGGGCCAAUAGACACACUACAGGUUAAUGCUAGCACCUAGCUAGCUACUUUGUGUAUUACACUUUAGCAUUGCUAAGGGCCAAUAGACACACUACAGGUUAAUGCUAGCACCUAGCUAGCUACUUUGUGUAUAACACUUUAGCAUUGCUAAGGGCCAAUAGACACACUACAGGUUAAUGCUAGCACCUAGCUAGCUACUUUGUGUAUUACACUUUAGCAUUGCUAAGGGCCAAUAGACACACUACAGGUUAAUGCUAGCACCUAGCUAUCUACUUUGUGUAUUACACUUUAGCAUUGCUAAGGGCCAAUAGACACACUGCAGGUUAAUGCUAGCACCUAGCUAGCUACUUUCUGUAUUACACUUUAGCAUUGCUAAGGGCCAAUAGACACACUACAGGUUAAUGCUACCAAUAGCUAGCUACCUUGUAUAAUACAUUACACCUUGUUAUCUUAUUAUUUUACUGUGUUGAUUAAUUGAUGAUAUUGAUUAAUGGUUUAUGUAAAUAACUAAGCAAAAGGCCUCUAGUUUCAGAUGACAGAUGGAUAGAUAUAUUGAUAGAUAGAACGAUUGAUAGAUGGAGCGAUAGAUGGAUAGAUUUAUUGAUAGAUGGAUAGAUAUAUUGAAAGAUAGGGAUAGACAGACAGACAGACAGAUGAACUUUCUUGAUCUCAAACUGGGAAUAUCCGGUGUUACAGCAGCAGGAAAACACUUACAGUAAAACUAUAGAAGAAUAAGGAAUAUAAAUAUAAUAGUUUGUUUCAUUGAUUUUUUUAUGUAUAGUGCUAAUUUAAUAUUUUGGGGUUUGGUGGGAGUUGAAGGUGUCACCACCUUGAGCUUUAGGAUCAGAACCAGAAACACUUAAUUGAUCCAAAGUGGACAUUUGAUUUUGUUGUAUUUGAUCCAACCGAGUAUAGAAAGGAUAUUGUGAUGGUCAUUUUCUAUCAGCUUGUGAGUUUCAGAGUUUCUGAAUUAAAAUGUUGUCAUGUUCCAACGAAUACUAACAGGAUUUAGGUUUUCGUUUUAGUUUUAAGUUACACUUUUGUUACCAAUUAACGUAAGAUAACUAAAACUGAUGUUAGCUAAUGAGAACGGAGAACAAGAAAUCAACCUGCAUUUGAGUUUUUCUGUUUGUUUGCACUUUCCUGGUUGUGUCAUCUGCACAAAACAAACCUUCAAAAGCAGGUACUUGAGUUUUCAAAAGUAUUAAAUUGAAGUAAAAGCAAACUGGAUAUGUCUGACUUAAAUUUCAAAGGGUUUUAUGUGUAUAUAUAUAUACAUAUAUAUGUAUAUAUAUAUACAUUUGUAAAAAGGGCCAGCUGACUGUGGGAGGCAGGAUAGAUGGAUGGAUGGACAGAUGGGUUUUUCUGUUAAUCAUUAAUAACCUGGAUUAGCCCCCAGUCCUCUGUCAAUAUGAAGAAUGCAUCCACGGCUUCAUGAGCUCUGCCUUCCCACUAUAUUAGUCUGAGGCGGCUCUAUGGGGGUUAUCGACAGCACAGAGAGUUUAUGCCUUUAGUUUUGUUUUUUAUAGUUUGUGGCUAAAGUGAGCAAAAUGCUGAAGAUGGUGUUGGUGAUCAUCUCCUGGACUUGUGUGAAAGAAGGAUUGACAACCAGUUUUUAAGGAUUUAUUUGUGUUCAGAGUCGCUCAGGACAAAUGAUCUGCAGACUCCCUGAGGUGUUUUUCUUUUUCUUUUCUUUGGUUGAUUUUAUCAUUUAAGUUUCUUUUUAAUUCCUCGUUCACAAUGCCGAUGAAACGCAGCAGCGAGAGUUCGGGCAGAGACGGAGUGUUUCUCAUUCACUCCCUGACCAAGACUUUCUGCAGCUCGCCGGAGGGAAAACACACCGAUUUCGAUGGACAGACACUUUUUCCUCAGGAAGAUGAUUCCGGGAUUAAAUCAGCUGAGGACAGUAACGAGACGCCGUCCUCCGAGGAGGAACAGGACCUGGUGGACUUCAACGCAGACCUGACCAUCAAACAAAGCAUCUCCUCCUCCUCCUCCUCCUCCACCUUGAGGAAGACCAUCAGUCAGAUCAUCAAGGACAAGAAGAAGCAGACGCAGCUCACUCUACAGUGGCUGGAGGAGAACUACAUCGUGUGUGAAGGAGUGUGUCUGCCCCGGUGCAUCCUCUACGCCCACUACCUGGACUUCUGCAGGAAGGAGAACCUGGAGCCGGCCUGCGCUGCGACAUUCGGAAAGACGAUUCGGCAGAAGUUUCCACUCCUGACGACGAGAAGACUCGGCACCAGGGGACACUCCAAAUAUCAUUACUAUGGAAUCGGCAUCAAAGAGAGCAGCGCGUACUAUCACUCUGUGUAUUCUGGAAAAGGUUUGACCAGAUUUUCUGGGAGCAAACUCAAGAAUGAGGGAGGCUUCACCAGGAAAUACUCUCUGAGCUCCAAGACGGGGACGUUGCUCCCGGAGUUCCCCAGUGCUCAGCAUCUCCUGCUGCAGGGAAACGUCUCCAGAGAAAAGGUGGACACUCUGAUCAUGAUGUAUAAAACGCACUGUCAGUGCAUCCUGGACAACGCCAUCAACGUCAACUUUGAGGAGAUCCAGAAUUUUCUGCUCCACUUCUGGCAGGGAAUGCCCGACCACCUGCUGCCGCUGCUGGAGAACCCGGUCAUAGUCGACAUCUUCUGUGUCUGUGACUCCAUUCUCUACAAGGUUUUAACAGAUGUUCUGAUUCCUGCUACGAUGCAGGAGAUGCCAGAAAGUCUGCUGGCAGACAUCCGCAACUUUGCCAAACACUGGGAACACUGGCUCGCCUCGUCCCUGGAAAACCUCCCGGAGUGUCUCGCGGCCAAGAAGCUCCCCAUCGCGCGGCGCUUCGUCUCCGCCCUGAAGAGACAGACCUCGUUCCUUCACCUGGCACAGAUAGCCCGUCCGGCUCUGUUUGACCAGGCCGUGGUGACCAGCAUGGUGUUGGACAUCGAUAAUGUGGAUCUGAGCAGCAUCAGCUCACAGCCUCUGCUCAGCGUGAACGCUGCCGGAGACCCGGACCCGGACAUCUACACUGAGUACGACUCCAUCACCGUCUUUCAGGAGCUGAAGGAGCUGCUGAGGAAAAACGCCACGGUGGAGUCGUUCAUCGAGUGGUUGGACUCCGUCGUGGAGCAUAAAGUCAUCAAGCCCGGGAAGCAGAGCGGUCGGACGGUGAAGAAGCGAGCUCAGGACUUCCUGCUCAGGUGGAGUUUCUUUGGCGCCAGAGUGAUGCACAACCUCACGCUCAACAACGCCUCCAGCUUCGGUUCUUUCCAUCUGAUCAGGAUGCUGCUGGACGAGUACAUCCUCUUGGCUCUGGAGACCCAGUUCAACAACGACAAGGAGCAGGACCUGCAGAACCUGCUGGACAAGUACAUGAAAAAUGCAGAUGCCAGCAAAGCGGCGUUCUUGGCCUCGCCCAGUUCCUGCUUCCUCGCCAAUCGCAACAAGGCCAACGCAGCGGCCGUCGACCAGUCGGUGAAGAACGAGUCCCUGGCGGAACACGCCUACAUGUCGCUGUCCGCCAGUCAGCAGCAGAGUCUGGAGACGAAUGCACUCAUCUACCAGGGCGCCGAGGCAGCCGGGUUCACUGUUUCAGGUGGUCAGUUGGACUUCUCUCAGGUCGGCUGCCCCCUCAUGACGCCCCCCAUCUCCCCGGCGGCGUUGGUGCACCGGGGCUCCGUCAUCAACCAGGGGCCCAUGGCGGGGAGGCUCCUGACGUCGACCACGUCCUCCUCCACCUGCUCGUCCUCCCCCUCUUCCUCCUGCCUCUCCUCGCUCGGCGCAAUGACCCAGCCCGGCCCCUGCUCUUCCUACUCGGAGACCCUGUACCACUGCUUGGCUCAGACCAGCCCCGGUUACUUCCCUCCAGCCAGUAGCUCCUCGACCUCCAACUACCAGCCCCCACCCAGACCUCAGACCCAGAAUCAGUGUCUGGCUCCGGUCCAGUCGCAGACCUCCUCCCUGGCCUUCCAGCUCGCUCGGUACCCGUCCUUCAACGACCAGCAGCUGACCAAAGACUUGUUCUACAACCUUCACGCUGCCUCGGUCCACCCCUCGUCCGGCGGCGCCAACUGCUCCCUGACGCCGUACGGCUCUGCUGCGGUUCGACCCGCGUCCGACUACAGCUCGGGCUCGGACCCGGCGCAGACCGAACAGGGGCUGGACGCCCAGAUCCUGGACUCGGCCGAGGGGUUCGGCUUCGUGGGGGCCGGGCUGAACCCCUCGGGCGGCGGGUGUCAGGGACAGACGUACUCUACCACGGGACACAGUGGUUACUACGGCAACGGCGGUUACCUGGACGCCCAGCGGAUGACGUCGCUGGUCGACCAGCACGUGUCGGUCAUCAGCAGCGUCAGCAGCCUGCGCCCCUUCCCCUCGGCGUACUCCGAGGUCCACGACCCGCUCAACAUCCUGGACGAGCCGGGGCGGAAGACGACGGGAGCCUAUUUCACGGAGGCGGAAACCGGAGCAGAUCAUUCGCUCCCCUCGUCGGGAUCCGCCCCCUGCAUGUUUGGCCUUCCGUCCCCGUUCGCCUCGCAGGAAGCGCUGUUGUCUCAGCAGCAGCAGCAGCAGCAGCGUGUCACGUCGUCUUCGGAGGUGCAGGACCUGGUGUCCUCGCUGCCUCCCAUCAACACCGUCUUCAUGGGCGCGGGGGGAGUACAGUGACGACGGGAAACUUAAAAGAUCGUCUGACGCGCGGAGUCCAGCUCCUGAAACGUACGUAUGCACCGGCGCUAUCGGACGUUUUUGGAGGGAAAAACCAGUGACGGUCGCUGACGUGGACAAUUAAAAAAACGAUGACAUCUGAACUCUGAGGUACAGUAUGAAGACACACUAUGAAUUAACACAAUAUAAAGACUUUUAUCUGGAAAACGCACCUACAUGACACCAUGUCAACUGUUUUAAUUACCACUGUAAUGUACUGGAGUUAUAGAUAUAGAAAAUUUAUUUAUUGGCAUGAAAAUGUGCGUUAUUACUGAUUCAGAUAUUUAUUCUACAUCUACAAAAGUAUUUUUCGAUGAUGAAUUUGUCCAGUUUUGAGAGAAAAACUUUUUUUUUGCUUUUGUUCUGACUCGAUGCCUUUAGGGCUUCCAUUUCUUCUCUCUGCGGGAAUUCUUGUAAAUAAUAAAGCCUUGCGA